AGGUGAUACGACACCGGCUCGAACAGCGUACCGAUCCUCUUCUUUUGGUUUAAGGCCUUGUUCUCGCAGCGGAACGCCGAGGGAGGCGACGGCGAUGGCCGCCCGUUUCUUGAAUCGAUCCAAAACCCUAACCCUAGAUCGUCUCCUCCAUCCCUCCUCUCCGGUCUAUCCCUUCCCCUCCUCCCAAUGCCUGCGAGCUUUUCUCCACUCCAUCGUUUCCCUGCCGCCCUUCCGCCCUCCCGGACGCGGCCGCGUCCCUCUCCCGGAUCCCAGGUCUGCCGCCUCGGGAACGGCCCCCAGUUCCCCUCUUCUUCCCUCCGCCUCCCCUGUGCUCGAUUCGGCUUCCAGUCUCCCCAACGACGCGCUUGCCCGCACCCUUGGCUCCCGAAAGAUCGUCGAAGGGUCAGGCCAUGCUAGCUGUUCCAGUUCUGACAUCAGUAGGAUGAUCAAGGGAGUAACAAAGCCUGAAGGCAACUCAGUUUUGUUUGGGGAACACUUCAGAUGGCAUACGAUCAACAGAAAUCCUACAAAUCUUCUCAGUAAACAUUUUGGAAAGCACUCAGUGAUUCCUUGUUUAGGUAGAAGUUCUGCAGUCAGUUAUUCUACACAAGCAUCAGAACAAAAAACAAAAGAGGAAAUGAGAAAAGACAUAUCUACAGUUGAAGAUCCCUUUGAUGCUCCCACAUAUAAUAUUCCGGAAAAGCCAGUGACAUUUGCAGAGGGAGCUUCGUACAGUGUUAUAAUACUUGCGGGGCUGGGCGUUGCAGCCUUGGCUGCAUAUGGUGUUUUUAAAGAGCUAAUCUUUGAGCCAAAAGAGUACAAGAUUUUCGGAAAGGCUCUUGAACGGGUUCAGAAAGAUAGUCAGGUUACAGUAAGAAUUGGCUCCCCUGUUAGUGGCUAUGGCCAGGAAAGCAGAAACCGUGCUGCUCGCCAACGUAUUCCCAAUAGGGUUUGGACUGACGAAGAUGGAAUCGAACAUGUCGAGGUAAACUUCUAUAUUCGUGGACCACAUGGAUCUGGAAAGGUGUAUGCUGAAAUGUUCAGAGAUCAUGCUGACAGGAAGUGGAAGUUCACAUACCUGAUUGUUGAGAUUAAGUCGCCAUCUCAUGCACAAUUGUUGCUGGAAUCUUACGUUCCGGCUUAAGAUACGGGCAGGCAGGCAAUUGUAACUGCUUUCUUCCCCUUCAAUCUUCGCCUCCCCCACCCUCCCAAGGGAAACAUGAUGUGGAAUGUAGCUGAAUGUUCCCUACGUUUGGUCCAUGCUUAUCUUGGCUACUUCCUGAAGUAGCUGUUCCUCGUGUUAUAGGCAUGAAUUAGCCAAAUCCCAUGGGAAACAUGAAGGAGAAGAUGACUGCCCCUAAGGCUUUGGUUCGGAUUUAAUCAAGAUGUUGCCAAAUUCCCAGGGAAACAUGAAGUAGAAUGCAGCCAGACCCUAGGGAAUGAAGAGAUGGAAUCCUAAUGAAGAUUUUAAGUCAAGUUUACUAGUGCUUGCAUAAAAUUUUACGAGGGAGGAAAUCCUUGUGUUGGAUGACUUGUUAUCCAAACAAGCUAAAAUCGACCUGGAUGACUUUUGGUUGUAUGCAUGUUUGCAGCCGGCCAUUAUAAUGUGCGGACAAUGGUAAUUAUCCCAAUGUGCAUGAAUAAUGAGGCAGAAAAUCUUUUGUUUGGAUUAAUUUACCAAUAUUUUCUUUCGUA